AUGACCACUCCUCACGGCCUCUCGAGCUCUUUGUACGCCGACUUCCUAUCCGAGCACUUGCAACUCAACGAACCUCUGGAGCCCAGUCCCCAUGCUCUCCACGCGCUGUCGAUCUAUAGUCUCACUCCUCGCGGUACGAGGCUCGGCCUCAAGACACGCGCCGUCGGAUCGUGCGUACAAACGACUCCAGUCAACCGCCGUGUCGAGUCGUCGCUCGUGUGCGAGAGCCAGUGGAAUCCAGUGACAACGUUCCGUCUAUGUGUCACCUCGUCCCGUCACUUGUCCUUGCAAGCGCAACUUCAAGCCAGUGAGACGCUACGCUUGACUUUAGAAGCGCAAGAGUCGGCGACAGAAAAAGUACCACUGUCGUUUGCCCGCAUUGGCGCUGAUGUGAAGACUGCAAUCGGAUUUGGCGGGGUCCAGAUAGAUGCAGUGAAUGGACCGACUUUGCAAGCCACAAUGGGGACGCGGGUAGGCGCGUUUGCACUGGGAUGGAUUGCCGCAUACGACGUCGGACUUGACCGGAGCGACCGACGCGGGCGGGUGACGACACUGAAUGUCGCCACAAGUUACACGCACGACGACGUCUCGGCUUUGCUGCAAAUAACGGACAGUGGACGCAGUGUGCAAUUGGACUUGACGCAGACCGUGUCACCCGAAUUGAUCGUGAGCUCGAGGUUGAAAUGUGACAGCAGGAAAGACACGCGGUCGCUGAGGGUGCUGGGCAAGUACGCGCUGAACAAGACGGAGGCCGUGAGUAGCUCCAUUGGGUCGGACGGUAUUUGGAUUGGCGCGUUCGAGUGGCGCACGUCCAAGCACUUGAAGACGCGCGUCGCAGCUCAGAUGGACUUGCGGCAUUACGAUAGUGACUCGCACCACCUUGGCGUGUCUGUAGAGAUCAGUUGA